AACAACAACAAAAAUAAAAACAAUAAUAAUAAUAUUUCAAAAUAUUGUAUUUAAAAAUAACAAACAGUUGGCGAAUUGCAUUGCAAAGUCCAACUUGAAGUCUCAUUACGUUAUCAGUGUUAUACUUAAUUUGCGCGAAGCACCACGUCCCACCCCACUGGGUUCUCAAGAAGUCUACCUCUUUGAUGGGAGGAGGCAAGGAAUAGAAAUAUUAUAGAAAUAAAAAUAAAACAAAGAACUAAUUUGCAUAAUAAAUAAUUUCAAAAAAAAUAGCACAGAAAAAUUUUAACAAAGGAAAAAUAAACAAAAAAUAAAAGAAUAAGUGACUUAUAGCAUAUAUCAGCAAUAUCAGCGGAAACCAGAAUUUGUUUAGAUUGAGACUCAUCGAAGAAAGAAUUUGAAACCUUGAACAGAUUUCUGUGUCAUCACAUGAGGUGUUUUUGAAGUGCUAAUACGCGUUGAAAUUAGAAGACAUAACAGAGAGUGAAGACAAAUUUUGUUGCUUUCUACAAAAACUGGACUACCUUUAAUUGCUUUUCUUGGUAUCAUCUCUUCUGAAGUGAGGUUAAUAUAACGACGCAAUAGAUCACAAUGACUGGUUCAGUGCAAGAUCCAAAAUGGAGUUUGGAACGUCGCGAAUCUUCUGGUCAUUUGGUGUGGCGCAAAGAUUCUCCCCGUUCAAAAGUGCGCUUUCGUUUUGAUGUAGAAGUUCUGGAAUUUGAAAAGCAUCCACAUGAGGAUGCUGAGCAUCUAUAUGAGGAAAGUCCAUUUUCUGUUAAUAAUAUUUCGUCAACUAUUGCACUAUGUGCCACUUGCGUUUGUGCUGUCGCUGUAAGCGUAUUUUUGCCAUGGUAUUUAAUGGAGAAAGCUGCCGGAAAUCUAUAAAUUAAAAAUUAUAUAUGUUAUAUUAAUAUUUCCUGCAUUCAUUAAUACUUUUAUCAAAACAUUCUUUGUAAAUACACAUAUACAUGUACUUUUGUUAUAUAUUAUUAAGUAGCGUUUAAUAACGUUUUAACUAUAUUUUCUA